AUGGCGUCCAUCCUAGCAGACCAGGAGGAGAAUCGAAAACUCCUGAGAGUUCGAUACCGUUCAGCUGUAUCCAAGCUGCUCGAUGCGCUGAAAACGGACCCACGGGCGGACUUCUCUGAAGGUCAACUCGAAAAUCUUGGGAUUCAGCUCCAGACAUUCGACCCUGGGGAUGUAGAGUUUCUCGAGUCUCACGCGUGUCUCUUCAAGCUUGUGCCAGAGAAGGCACUUGAAGAGUUCUCUCUCGACGAGCCUACCGCGCGUAAAGGCUUGUAUGAGACUGAUCAAGAAUUCAACGAGACGUGGGAAGUUGAUUGGACUUGGAACAAAACACCACCCUCCGAGACCUACUCUAUGAGGAUGAGAGCGUAUCAGAUCUUCAUCCGUCUAAAAUCCUUCUGCCAACACCUGGGGCGGAAGGACGGUCGCGAUUGGAACACAUUCAAUUACAUCUAUGGGUGGAACCACGUCACGGCGGAAAGUUCAUUCAUCGAUGGCGGAGAGGGACUAUUUUCGUGCUGGGGUAUGAGACACCAAGAGUGGAGUGUUGAAACCUGUAACGAGUGGCAGGACGAUUGUGACGAUAUGGACACGAUUGCUCCACAUAUUCUGCUCGUGACCUGCACUGGAACCACAGCCAAGGAUGGCGAAUUACUUUUUGGAGAGCUAGGACCGAUCGUACAAGCGCUUCGAAAUCGCCUCGACCAGAAGGAGUUUGAAAAAACUUCCCUUUUUCCAGUUCUGGUCGUUUCUCUCUUUGGACCUCGCCAUGGUCGUCUUCUCCAAGCCAGAUUUUCCAAGUCUGGUAUCCUAAAGAUAAGAGCCUCUCCCAUCUACAGCUUCCUCACCGCGGCCGAGGGACCCUGGAACCUAUUUCUGCGUUUCUUUGCCUGCGACCCCAAGGAUGGCACCGAAUACGAAUUCUACAGUGAAGACGAGGAUGCAGAGGCUGCACCAGCCGUGAGCCCCAAGUAUGUCGCCCCUUCGCCAAAAUUUGAUCAAGAAAACCUCCCCCUCAAGUCAGUGGAUGAGGAUUCGUCUUCCGGACCGCGAGAUCCUUUUUCUAAACUGAGUUGA